GACAGGGGCUUCUGAACAGCCGACCAGGGGGCCCACGUCUCCACUACGCCACCCCGACACAGGACAAGACAAUUCGACAAUUCAAGCUCGCUCACGGUAGCUCUCGAGUAUCGAAUAUACAUCCUCCCCUCGCACCCAACCUCGAACAAUCCGAUACCAGCCUUUUUGUUUUCUGUUCUGCGUUCUGUCUCUCGUUCUUGUGUCUCUCCCGUUCCUUUCUCUCUUUAACGAACUCUGUCAUUCAUCCUCACGCAUCUGGACGGUCGAUCUCGCUCCAACUGAUGCAAUAGACCAAGCACCGAUACAGUACAGCACAGCAGACCUGCACUCAAGAUGGUGUUCACAAAGAAGAUAGACCGCGCCUUUCAAUGGGCUGGCGAGAAGAUGGGCCACGAGGCCAAGAUCACACACUCCGAUGACUUCAAAAUGUUAGAGACCGAGAUGAGCUUGCGGUAUGAUGGCAUGGACCGUCUCCAGAAGUCGAUGAACGUAUACAUAAAGUCACUCUCACGUCGAGGCGAGACCUUCGAGGACAAGGAGAAGGGUCUACCUGUUAGCUACCUCGGCCGGACCAUGAUUGCCCAUGGUGAGGAAUUCGAGCCUGAUUCCGAAUAUGGCAACAACUUGAUAGCAAUGGGACGAGCAAACGAACGAAUUGCUGGUCUUCAAGAGACCUAUGUUUCUCACGCCACAUCAUACUGGCUGGAAGGGCUAGAGCGGUCGCUGGCAAUGAUGAAGGAGUAUCAGUCUGCCCGCAAGAAGCUCGAGAAUCGUCGCCUGACAUACGAAUCCUGUGCCACCAAGAUACAGAAAGCGAAACGUGAAGACUUCCGACUAGAGGACGAGCUCCGAACGUCGAAAGCGAAAUAUGAAGAGUCGUCCGAGGACGUAUACCGCCGCAUGAUGGACAUCAAGGAAGCAGAAGCAGACUCCGUCCGGGACCUAGGCAACUUUCUAGAUAGCGAGCUCGACUACUACGAACGUUGUGCCGAGGAACUUCGAAGGGUCAAGCAGGAUUGGAUGGGAAGCCAGACACAAUCGCCGGCAGGCUCCCGCGCUUCGGAUUUUGGUAGUGUUCGACGCCCGACAAAUCGACAGAGAGGAGAUGUGAUUCGAUCCCACUCCGAAGUCGACGAUCGGGCUGAACAGUGGGCGGGUCGACAGGACAUCUACAAUCGCGAGCCGACUCCCGAAGCAGUGCGAAUGCCCAUUCGAUCGAACCGGUCCGCAUCAGGGGGCAGUGCGACACAUGAAGUAGUACGUCCCACCAUUAACCGUUCUGUGACGUACCGCGAGCCACCACAACCUCCUGUUCCUGAAAUAUCUGUACGCCCGACCCAGACUAUGCCUCCCAAUGUUGGCAGUCUACGCAGCAAUUUGCGCCCUGUCAGCAGAAUCCAAACCACCCAGAACCUCAGUCCCGAUUGCUUUGGCGAUGAUUAUGAUACAGCAACGAGCAGCGGCAGUCCCGAUUAUGACCGCAGCGAUAGUCCUGCUACUAGCUACGGGAGCUUGAGUCGAACCACAAGCAAUACUGCUCUUCGUCCCACCCCUGCUCCGACAACGGCCAAAAAGGCGCCUCCGCCACCACCACCGAGCCGGUCGAAGAAGCCGCCGCCGCCCAUCCCGGCAAAACGAGAUGUUUCAUAUCACACUUGAUCAUGUAAAACUGACGACAAUAUUUCAAGGCAUGGGUUAUAUGAAAAAAGUAAUGUUACCGUGGGUGCAUAUAUAAACACCUACGGAGUAAAGAUCGGGAGUUUCGAGCGAACAAAAUUUGGCGGUCUGGUGUAUUUUUGGCAAAGGUUGCUUCGAAGGGUUAAUUAUUCGUGGUUGAGACACCAUCAUCAAGGUUUAUUCGGUGGCGUCGGUGCACUUUAGAAAUGAAUGAAAGCUCACUCGUGACGUGAGCGUGGCACACGCCUCGGGGAUUCUAUUAUGGACUGGUUCCUUUCUACUAUCCCCUCUAAAAGUAAUACAUUUUUAGUAUGAACGUUUGUUAUGCUUAAUCAACCUUGGUUUCGUAUGUGACCUUAUGAACCCUGUCACCGAGCCAGCCAGAUUU